GGGGUCAGCGAGGGCCGCCCGCAGCCGCCGCCCGCAGCCUCGGCAGCGCGGGCAGGGCCAGGGGCCGGGGCCGCCCCCGAGGGAGCGGCUGGGGAGGCGUCGGUGCCGGAGGGGCUGCCCGAGCCGGGUACAGCCUCGAGUCGCUGCCCCCGGCGGGCCCGAGCGCUCCCGCUUCGCACUCGGGACAUGAACCUGAUUGACAUCCUUUGGAGGCAAGAUAUAGACCUUGGGGCAAGACGUGAAGUGUUUGAUUCUAGGCAGCGGCAGAAGGAGUAUGAACUCGAGAAGCAGAAGAAACUUGAAAAGGAAAGACAAGAGCAGCUCCAAAAAGAGCAGGAGGAAGCCUUGCUGGCUCAGCUGGAGUUAGACGAAGAGACAGGUGAAUUCAUUCCUGUGCAGCCAGCUCAGUGCAUUCAGUCAGAAAAUACUGAGCCACCCGUUGCUUUCUCACAGAACACAGAGCCUUCAAAACCAGAAGCAGAGGCCUUGUCCUUUGAUGACUGCAUGCAGCUCUUGGCAGAAGCAUUCCCGUUUAUAGAUGAGCAUGAGGCUUCUUCAGCUGCAUUUCAGUCACUGGUUCCUGCUCAGGUCAAUAGCAACCCAGCCUUUGUUUCCUCUGAUCAAACUCGGCCACCUGAAUCCCCUGAUCUAGUACAACCCACUGAUGCAGAGAAUAUGCAGAACAUAGAGCAAGUUUGGGAAGAAUUACUGUCCCUUUCAGAGUUACAGUGCCUGAACAUUGAAAAUGAUAACCUGGCUGAGGUGAGCACAGUGACAAGCCCUGAAACCAAGCCAGCAGAGAUGCACAACAGCUACAGUUACUGCAGCUCGUUACCCAUGCUGAAAAAAGAUGUUAACUGCAGUCCAGAUUUCCUGGAUGGUAUGGAGGGCCCCUUCUCGGGCAUUUUGCCACCAGAAGACACCAGCCAGCUGAGUGUGAACUCCUUAAAUGACACAUCCCCUUCAAACCCUGAUUUCUGUGAGGAUUUCUACACCACGUUUAUUGAUACAAAGGUGAACGGUGAUGCAGCAGCAACGAACACUAUCAGUCAGUCCCUGGCAGAGAUUCUAAGUGAACCUAUUGAUCUUUCUGACUUUGCACUGUGUAAAGCUUUCAAUGGCACCCACUCAGGGACCAGAGCAGAAUGUAACGAUUCGGACUCUGGUAUUUCACUGAACGCAAGCUCCAGCGUAGCAUCACCGGAGCACUCUGUGGAAUCAUCUGCCUGUGCAGAUAAGACUUUGGGUUGCAGCGAUUCUGAAAUGGAAGACACAGAUAGUGCUCCUGGAAGCAUGCUGCAGAGCAGUGCUGGUGUGUACUCUUUGCACCUCCAGGAUCAAGUGUUUUCUUCCUUAGGGCCAAGCACUCAAACAUCCAGUUUGCCAUGUACAGCCACACCAAAGAAAGAACCCCCUCCUGCUCCUGGCCAACCCAGAGUUCCCUUCACAAAAGAUAAACCUCCAGGCCGCCUUGAUGCUCAUCUCACAAGAGAUGAGCAAAGAGCCAGAGCUCUGCAGAUCCCUUUUCCUGUUGAAAAAAUCAUCAAUCUGCCUGUUGCGGACUUCAGUGAAAUGAUGUCUAAGGAGCAGUUCAGCGAAGCCCAGCUUACACUUAUUCGAGAUAUACGCAGGAGAGGCAAGAACAAAGUGGCUGCUCAAAAUUGCCGUAAAAGAAAACUGGAAAAUAUAGUAGAACUGGAGCAUGAUUUGAGUAACCUAAAAGAUGAGAAAGAAAAAUUGCUUAAGGAAAAAGGAGAACAUGACAGGAGCCUUCAUCAAAUGAAAAAGCAAUUCACCACCUUGUACCUCGAGGUCUUCAGCAUGCUACGUGAUGAAGACGGAAAGCCUUACUCUCCCAGUGAAUAUUCACUGCAGCAAACUAGAGAUGGCAAUGUCUUUCUUGUUCCUAAGAGCAGGCAGUCGGGGACUAAACUUUGAAGGGCAGUACAAAGGUUCCUGUUCUCUGAGUUACUAGUUUUGUAUCAUUAUCAUGGUAGUUUUUACUGUGAGGUGGAAUGCAGAAUUAAGUAAUAUUUGUCAAGUAAGUCUAUGCAAUGAUAAUUUUAAAGUUGUUGAUUAGUUUAUGGAAAAUGCAAGUUGAAAAUUAAUCAGAUAAUGCAGAUGGGCGUAUACAAAAUUUUUAAUCUGAUUUUAUAACAGACAUUUCCUUCUUAUAGCACCACUUUGACUAGUUUCCAUAUAUAUGUAAAUAUUUAAAUAUACCAUAUUUAUAUACUGCUCCUAUCUAUUGUUAUAUUCAUAGAUUUGAUAUAUAUAUAUAUAUAUAUUAAAAAAUGAUUUUAGCCUUCUGAAUAUAAUUUCUUGCAAGACAACCAGGAUGGCUUCUUAUAUUUUUUAUAAAUAUGCAAUAGUGUUCCCCAUUUUUCUUACACAUUUAUACUUGCUUUAUAUUUAAUAUAUUAAUUUGGUAUAAAAGUUGACACUCAGUGUUUGAUUUUGCCUUAUCAGCUCAUUAAACUUUUUAAACUCUACUUCAUACACAUUCAUUUCCUUAAAGGAGAGAAAUCCUUGCUAGUUUUCCAAGGCUAAGUCUUCCUGUAGCAUAAUUAUCAAUCACACAGCAGUGUCAGCAUUACCAAUGCUUCAUUCCACUUUGUUUUAAUAACCUUUGGAAAGACCAUGUAACACAAAGUUUCAAGUCUGUGCUAAGCUCACAGUUUUUGUUUUCCUCCUUGAACACUAUGUAAAUUCAUGAGAUCUUUUUUCCAAAGGCAUUUAAAAUCUGUUAGAACAUUGCCAUCAUUAUGGCCUUUUUUGAGCUAAAAUUUCUGCAGGCUUUUGAGCAAUUCUCCUAGAAAUACACUACUGUGCCUCUGACUUCAGUCAAUCAGCAUCACCUCUCCCUGCUGUUACUUUGAUGCUUAUGGAAAACUGCAUACUAGCAGCCAUCCACUUGCCCUGUUUGGAAUCUCUGCUCAGUGAAUGGAAAAGCUUUGUGGAGUUUAAAUUAUGAUUUAUAAAAGAGUAAAAAAUGGGUAAAUAAAUAGCAUGGUUUUGUUUACUAUUCAAAAGAACUCAUUGCACUUGAUUGUUUUGGAUUUUUUCAAUACAUAAAAUGUAUAAUUUGUAAGACAUGUUGAUCUGAACAUUAAAAACUAUCUUCACCCCUUUCAAGUUCUAAAA